AUGAAGAUUUGUGUUGCUCUUUGCAUUAUCUUCACGUUUUUUCUUGAGUUCUCAAAUGGAUAUUCAGAUCUUGAUGCUCUCUUGAAGCUUAAAGCUUCUAUAAUAUUGGCACCCACCGGGUCUGGGUUACACGACUGGAAAUUACCCAAGCGUACCUCCAGUCGUGUUUCCAAUCAUUCCGAUUCACAUUGUUCAUUUUCUGGAGUUUCUUGUGAUGAAAAUUCACGUGUUACGUCGCUGAACAUAUCCUUUACUCCUCUUUUUGGAACUAUUCCUAAGGAGAUUGGCAUUUUAAACAAGCUUGUUUAUCUCACGCUCGUAUCUGACAAUCUAACUGGUGAAAUUCCGUUGGAGAUGAGUAAUCUUACUGAGAUCAGGUUUAUUGAUUUGUCUUAUAAUUCUUUUACUGGUGAGCUUCCUAGCGUCAUCAUGGCUCGCAUGACUAAGCUAGAGGCGUUCGAUGUUACUUAUAAUAAUUUCAGUGGGAAGCUACCAGUGGAGGUCCCUAAGUUGAAAAAUUUGAAGACACUUUUACUAGGAGGUAAUUACUUUUAUGGGGAAAUCCCUGAGGAAUACUCUGAGUUUCCAAAUUUAAAGACGCUAGAUUUGUCAGGAAACGAGCUUUCAGGAAGGAUUCCAGGGAGCUUGUCAAAGAUAUCGACUCUUAAGGAGCUUCGGCUCAGAUACUUUAAUAGCUAUGAAGGCGGAAUACCGCAAGAGUUUGGUUCUUUCGAGAAGCUAGAACUUCUUGACCUGGCAUAUUGUAAUUUAUCCGGAGGAAUACCAGAGAGCCUUGGGAAUCUUAAGAUGUUGCAUACAAUGUUUUCUUUUUACAACAAUAUCAGGGGUGAAAUACCAGCAAGCAUGUCAAGAUUGGUGAGUUUGAAAUCACUUGAUUUUUCUGACAAUCAACUUAUGGGUGGCAUACCAAAGAGUUUUUCAGAAUUGAAGAACUUGACAUUACUCCAUUUGUUUGGUAACCAUCUGUCCGGUUCUCUCCCUCCUUUUAUAGGAGAUCUCCCGAAUCUGGAGGUACUUAUGUUAUUUGACAACAAUUUCACGUCAUCGCUUCCAGAUAAUCUCGGCCGUAACGGCAAGCUACUAGAACUUGAUGUCGCGGGCAACCGCUUCACUGGAACGAUUCCACAAGAUUUGUGCAAAGGAGGAAAUUUACAGUACUUAUUUCUAAUGGAAAAUUCGUUCUUUGGGCCACUACCUGCUCAACUUGGCAGUUGCAAGACAUUGAUAAGAAUACGAGUUGACAAUAAUUACUUGAACGGAUCUAUUCCCGUUAGCCUCUUCAGUUUGCCAGAACUCAUCAAGGUUGAUCUCCGCAAUAACAACUUCAGCGGCGAACUUCCUGCAGAAAUGUAUGGCCCCUCUCUUGAAUUUAUUUUAAUAUCGAACAAUAACUUCACAGGGAAAAUACCUUCAGGAAUAACCGGUUCCGUUAAUCUACAAAUACUCUCCCUUGAAUUAAAUAACUUCGUUGGUGAACUACCUGAGGAAAUAUUUAACUUUAAAAGUUUGUAUACGAUUAAUCUUGGUGGCAACAAUCUCACCGGUGUCAUUCCAGAUUCAAUUGGUAAUUGUUCGGCUUUGAUAACUGUAGAUUUUAGCCGAAAUAAUAUAUAUGGUGAAAUUCCAAAAGGUUUUCAUAAUUUGGCAAGCUUGAGCAACCUUAAUCUCUCACGAAACAAACUGACGGGAGAGAUUCCAAGCAUAUUAGGUCACAUUAACAGCUUGACGGCGUUAGAUCUUUCGUAUAAUAUGUUGUCGGGUAUAGUCCCCUCAGACGGACGACUACAAGAAUUCAAUGAUGCGAUAUUCGCUGGAAACUCUAACCUUUCUUUACUACAUACCGAUCACAGUCCACACAAAUCUAAAGAUCACAAGCGACAAUCAAUCAUCAAAUCAAAACUCGUGAUCAUCCUAAUCAGCACAGUUGCCUUAUUCACAAUAUUGAUAUGUUUCGGUGCAUCAGUAUCUAUCAUAUGUAUAAAAAAGAAACGUGGUAAUCAAUCUGAAACAUGGAAGCUUACCACAUUUCAAAAAUUAGGUUUUAAAGUUGAAGACAUCGUAGAGUGCUUGAAAGAAGAGAACGUGAUUGGGAAAGGUGGUGCUGGAACCGUGUAUCGUGCUUUGAUGCCCAAUGGUGUUGAUGUUGCUAUCAAGCGUCUACAUGGCCGGGACUAUGGGUUUGAUGCAGAGAUUAAAACGUUAGGAAGAUAUAAGCACAGGAACAUAGUGAGAUUACUUGGAUUUGUAACAAAAGGAGAAGUCAAUCUUCUAAUUUACGAGUACAUGUCCAAUGGGAGUUUAGGUGACAUUUUGCAUGGACCAGGAGGGGAACAUAUCCAAUGGGAAGCAAGGUACAAAAUUGCCGUGGAGGUGGCAAAGGGAUUGUGUUACCUUCACCAUGAUUGCUCACCAAUGAUUGUGCAUCGAGAUGUCAAAUCGAAUAAUAUACUGUUAGAUUCUGACUUUGAGGCUCAUGUUGCUGAUUUUGGUCUGGCCAAGUUCUUGAGGCCCUCUGGUGCUUCCGAGUACAUGUCAUGUAUUGCUGGAUCAUUCGGAUAUAUUGCUCCAGAGUACGUACACACCUUAAAGGUAGAUGAAAAAAGUGAUGUCUAUAGUUUUGGAGUUGUGCUUCUUGUACUGAUAUCAGGUAAAAAAGCAGUGGGGGAGUUUGGUGAUGGGGUGGAGAUUGUUAAAUGGGUUAGAGAUACGAUUUCAAAGAACCCUCGCCCAACAGAUUCUUCUGUCGUGUUGUCUUUAUUGGAUUCGAGGCUCAGGGGUUACAGUCUCUCAAGUGUGGCAGAUGUGUUAAAGAUCUCGAUGAUGUGCGUGAGAUACGACAGCACAACUAGGCCUAGCAUGAGGGAAGUCGUUUACAUGCUAACAAAUAAUCCUCCACUCGAGGCCACACUUGCUGCAUAA